CUCACCUCCGCACAGAAGAACCACCGCACUCAGCCUUCCAAACUUAUUCUAUACAAUGGAGAACCCACAGCGUGAUCUUCCCGGCGCGCUGUCAGCCCUGACUACCUCCCGCAAACCUUCUGACUUGCGUGAAGCUGUGGACAAAUUCUACACGCAGGACGCGUCUUUGCACCACCCUUUCAGGAUCGUUGAGCAUGGAAAAAAUUCAAGCCAGAAAAUCCUCGGCGUGUUCGAAUGGUGCCGCAUCGUUAGCCCCGACACUACCAUUGAAGUGAAUUCAGUGUUAUAUGACAAGAAAAAUCAAGUCGUUGUCGCCGAAGUCACUCAGAACUUCCGUCCUAGAAUUAGCCCGUUCAAGGCAGCCCCUUCUCGCUACAUCAUCCGUCUUAAGCUCCAGGAGCGAGACAGGUUAUUAUAUAUCUAUUCUCAAGAAGACUUUUUACACCCCAUGGACUUGAUGAAUUCAAUUCUACCGCCUCUUACUCCGCUCGUCCGGCUCGCACUCGUCUUCUUCGCAUUUAUGACGGCCAUGUGCUCGAAGGUAUGGGUCUUCAGCUUACUUCUGUGGGUGAAGCUCUUCGGUAUAGGAAGCGAUAUUCAGAGAGGCCGAGCGAAACAGGGCUCAAAGAAGUCCAUGAAAAAUUUAGGACAGGGGCCAGUGCUGGAGACUUCGCACUACGGUUCUUCCAAGGGUAACUCGAUUAAUUGAACGCUAGCGCAGCGUGUACACUAGCUUUCGUAUAUCGAGUCCAUCGCUUUCAUAAUCAUUCGCAGCUGUACUUUUAUGCAGGAUCAGGACAUUGUACUUUUAUCACAAAUACUUAGAAACUGUAUAGAUAUCGCAACAAAGAGGAGCAAUGACAGAACUGAAAUACACGAGGACAUCCACGAAAGUCGCUAGCAGCAGAAACACGACUUGCCACCUCCAUGUUCCCCAGUGUCUGACUGUAUUGCUACUGGUUGUUGUUGAUGUGGUGUAUUGGGCCGUUGUGUGACAUUGGGGUCCUCUGGAAGAUUAUCGAAAUAUUCGUCAG